AGGGGAACGCCUAUGCUUAUACAUAGAGUCCGGUCGUAGUUACCAAUCGCAUAACAAUAAUUCUUUAUUUUUUCAAAAUAGUUUUUAGUGAUUGAAAAUUUAUCACAAAUUUUCAUUUUUAAUAUAAUUAUGUAUAUAGUUCAUUCAAUACUUCUAAUGAUAUAUAUAAGGGCUUAAUAAUUAAUUUUUCAAUUGAAUCUAAAACGCGUCAAACGUGGCAACAUCGCAAUAAGUUUUUUUUACGGAUCUACUGUUGGCAAGCUUUCGUAUUCUCUGAUGUUGAGUGAUCUAACCUGUGCAAUUAUGUCAAGUGAAAAAGUUUCCAAAAUAUCUAAAUAUCGCUGGAAAGGUAAACUUUGUACUGAGAAACAAUACAAAGCAAGAUUGAGACAAGUUGAAGGAGGUAAAAUGAAUAGUAAAUCAAGCAUUAGUGAUAGAGCCAAAUAUGAAGUGGAAGGUCGAAGAAUUAUAGAAUAUGAGGUUAUGAGGAAACAUAUGCACUGUGUUUUCUGUAAACAACUCCUAUCACUUGAUGACGUUGAAAAUGAACAUAGAAAUGGUUUGGGUUCAAUAUUUUUAAUACGUUGUCGUGAGUGUCUUGGUAUAAACAAAAUCCCAACUGGAAAAUCACAUGAUAAUUAUCAGAAACAGCCAGUAUUUGAUGUCAACACUAAACUAGCCAUGGGUACUUUGCACGCUGGAUUAGGUUUUUCAUCAACCACUAGUUUAUUUCAAACAAUGAACAUUCCGACAAUGUCAUCAAGAACAUUUAAAAAACUUGAAAGAGAAGUUGGGCCUGUUGUUGAGAUUAUUGCAAAGGAAAGCUGUAAAAAAGCAGUCGCCUUGGAACGAGCUUUAACUAUUAAAAAUUUAGAGAAUUUGCAAGAAAAAUUGCCAGAAGACUUGCGAAGGAGUGAUUUUUUAGUUCCUCAAAAAGAAGAAACUUGUUUUCAUUUACCCACCAUUUCGGCUGAAUGUGAUGCUGCUAUUGAACUUAUGGAAGUAAAUCCUUCUUCAACAUCUGAUAAGUCGGAAACAUUCAUAUUAAAUGAAAUAAAAAUCCCAGAACAUUCUGAAAUUAUAAUAUCUUCUUCAGACAGUGAUAAAACGUGUGCGCUAAAUUCAUUGCCAUCAUCAUCAUUAAUUACUGCUACGACCAAAUCUAAUUUUGAAAUAAUGGAGUUAACUACUUCAACAACUCAUCACUUGGAAGAAUCGGUAAUACGCGAAGAAAAUGGUUUGGAAGAAACAAAUCCGUUACCAAUUCCAGUGUUCAAUCCUGCAUCAAUCACUUCUGAUACUUUACUCCGUUUAUUUGUAUGUUUCGAUAUGGGUUGGAGUAAAAGAGGGAAUGGGUUGCAAUAUGACAGUCUUAACGGAUACGCUACAAUGAUUGGUGCUUCUUCCGGCCUCGUAAUAGAUUAUAUUACAACAAGCAGAAAAUGUCGCAAGUGUGAGUUAGGUUAUGCUAAAAAUUCACAUGAUUGUCGGCUAAACUUUCAUGGCACUGCCAAAGCUAUGGAGGCUCAUGCAGCAGCACAGUUAGCGGCAAAAAGUGAAAUUUUGAAGAGCAGUAAUUCUGAAAUUGGAGUUUUUAUUAGUGACAACGAUAGUUCUAGUAUUUGUGCAGUUAGAAAUGCCACUGAUCAUACUGUUGUAAAACAGUCAGAUCGGAAUCACGUAUCAAAAGGCGUUAAAAAUUUAUUGUACAAAACUGCAAAUAAUAAAGAUAUAAAUGGAUUGACGGGUGAUGCAAUAAAUUAUUUGCAUCGUUGUUACACCUAUUCUGUUGCUCAAAAUGAAGGAAAUACCAAGAAUAUGGCUGCUGCUAUUAGAAACAUUCCAUACCACGCAUUUGACAUUCAUGAAAAUUGUGGUAACUGGUGUGGAUAUUUAAAGGACCCUGAAAAUUAUAAGCAUUCUGUGUUAUUCCACAAAGAUUUUAAAAAUGAAGUUUUGUUUAAAAAAUAUGUGAAACGUUCAAUAAGUUAG